GAUUCCGCCGGUCCCACCCCCUCCGAUGCUCUCCUCCUCCUCCUCCUCCUCCUCCUUCUCCUCUCUGCGCUGUCACAUGACAGCAGUGGGGAACACAUCCUCUUGAGUCUCCUCCACCUUCUGUGUGAGUGUGUCAUCGGUAUUAAGGACCAUGGCGGAGCAGACCGACUACCGGGAGCCUGAGCCCGGCCGCGGAGAGGAGUUCUCACCGGAGGCAGAACCGCUCAACUCCAACGGACAGAACUCUCUGUUGGAAGAAGAAGAAGAAGAAGAAGAAGAAGAAGGAGAAGACCUCUUUACAGAGGCUACAGAGGAGGUUUCAUUGGACAGUCCAGAGCGGGACGUCCUACUGUCAGACGGCCCCUCCCCCGUCACCCCCCCUGCCUCCCUCAUCAGCCCCCACCUCCCCCACAACCACCUUUACACGCACUGCUCCUUUGACGAGAUGGAGGAAGAGGACACUCCAGACCUGUUUGAUAUCAGCAUCCUGGUCUCUGAUCCUGAGAAAGUUGGUGAGGGGAUGAACGCCUACAUGGCCUACAAAGUCACCACUCAGACGUCCAUGUCCCUCUUCAAGAGCCCCCAGGCCACCGUCCGCCGGCGCUUCAGUGACUUCCUGGGUCUCCACGGGAAGCUGGCCACCAGGUACCUCCAUGUGGGCUACCUGGUGCCCCCGGCCCCCGAGAAGAGCAUCGUGGGGAUGACGAAGGUGAAGGUGGGGAAGGAUGACUCUUCGUCCAACGAGUUUGUCGAAAAAAGAAGAGCAGCGCUAGAAAGGUAUCUCAUGCGGACAGCCAAGCACCCGGUCCUGCUGAAAGACCCUGAUCUGCUGACGUUCCUGGAGUGUUCUGAGCUGCCCCGGGCGCUGUCCACCCAGGCCCUCAGUGGCGCCGGGAUCCUCCGCAUGGUCAACAAGGCCGCAGACGCCGUCAACAAGAUGACCAUCAAGAUGACGGAGUCAGACACUUGGUUUGAGGAGAAGCAGCAAAAGUUUGAGAACCUGGACAUCCAGCUAAGAAAACUCCACUGCAGCCUGGACUCCCUAGUCUGUCACCGCAAAGAGCUGUCCGUGAACACCGCCCUGUUUGCCAAGUCGGCGGCGAUGCUGGGGAACAGCGAGGACCACACGGCGCUGUCGCGGGCGCUGUCCCAGCUGGCCGAGGUGGAGGAGAAGGUGGAGCAGCUCCACCAGGACCAGGCCGGCGCAGACUUCUACCUGCUGGCCGAGCUGCUGGCCGACUACAUCCGACUCAUCGGCUCCGUCAAGGGGGUGUUCGACCAGCGGGUCAGGCUCUGGCAGAGGCUCCAGGACAGUCUUCUGCUACUGCAGAAGAAGCGUGACGCCGAAGCUAAGCUACAUGCUAACAAACCAGAGAAGCUACAGCAGGCCCGUGAUGACAUCAGAGAGCUGGAAGGGAAGGUGCAGCAAGGAGAGAGAGACUUUGAACAAAUCUCUAAAACCAUUCGUAAGGAGCUGUUCAGGUUUGAGGUCAGUGAAGGUGUCGGUGUGUUAUUCUGGUGGUUUGGUCUAAGGUGUAUUGUAGUAGGCCAAUAUAACCAUUACUACCAACUAGGGGUGUGACGAGGUGUAUUGUAGUAGGUGUAUUGUCUAAGGUGUAUUGUAGUAGGCCAAUAUAACCAUUACUACCAACUAGGGGUGUGACGAGGUGUAUUGUAGUAGGUGUAUUGUAGUAGGUGUAUUGUCUAAGGUGUAUUGUAGUAGGCCAAUAUAACCAUUACUACCAACUAGGGGUAUGACGAGAUCUCGUGCCACGAGAUCUCGUGAGAUUAAACUCGACGAUAUUACCCGUCGGGUUAAAAAUCUGUCUCACGAGAUUUGUGAGCUAUCCAAACUUCUAUUUGUGGCCUGUAGGGGCAGUAAUGCGCCUUUGCUACGUCCAGAAUGACGUCGGAAAAUACCCGUAUUACCGUCAAAGAUGCCCCCGCCACUUUUAAAUCAUUUGUUUGGCAACAUUUUGGGUACCCGGCGGAAAUGAUGAAUGGCAGUAGAGUGACUGAUAAGACACGGACAAUACCAAGUUGUCAGUGACAUACUUGGUCAGACUCUGUUUGCACUAUUUGCACUCUGUAUUGACGGAGUAGAACUUUGAUUUGGUUUUGCACAUAAUAUUGUUUGCACUUGAAAAAAAGAGAAUUAUUUAAUUUAUUUUACAUAAACUUUUAUACAUUUUAGUUUUAGUUUGAAUUUCAUGCAUGUAAAGAGUUAUAAUAAAACAUUUCAAAAUGCAUGUGCAACUCGGUUAAAUAAAAGUCUGUUGGUCCAGUCAUAUAUUUUGUCAUUGUAGUUAUCUAAAAAUCUUGUCUCGUCUCAUUCUCGUGAA